GUGGCAGCAGGAAGCCACAUUUAACUAUUGCGCAGAAAAGGGCCAUAUUAUGCGGUUUUGCCAACUCCUUUCAAGAGAUGAGAAGGAAGGAAUUGUCUUCACCACGAUACGCGGUGAAGUCUUUGAUUACGAAGGGAACAUGAUCGACCCCAACAUUGAAGGGGGUAUGAGGAAGGAGGCGUGUCGCCGAAUGGGUCGUCCCCUGCCGGCGACGUUCCGGAUUGCUUCUUUCGAAGAAGCACGGUUGGCCGAGGUCGAGGAGGUCAUGGCGUCGUUACAUAUUAACGACUCGUCGGCGGAACCAGGAGGGUUUAGGGAACAAUUGGUGGAACGAGCGCAAACCAUCACAAGGCGGCUUGCCCGGUGCCGGGACUCUAUUAUCCGACUCUGCGUGGACAUGGAGGAAGUCUGGCCGGGGUUGCCGAAUGUCUUUCUCUUCGGUGAAUGGGGUGAUAAAAGGAAAGAUGCGACUGGCCAAGCAGGGACGUCUGCUCCGAGAGAAGCAUCACAAACUGGGCCAAUGGUAAGCACGAUGCGACCCAGGCUUGUGCUAAAGAGGAGUGCUCCGACUGUAGCCGUUCAGACUCGGAUGCGACGACGAAACGAGCAACUUCAAAAGGAAAGAGAGUCUGAAAAGGCAGUGGAAGAAGAGCCUAUCCCCAUUAGUGAGAACGAUGAGGAUAACGAGGAUGAGAAGUUGCGGGCCGAAAAAGAAGAAUGGGCUCGUCGACGUGCGCUGGAAAGGGAGCCGGAGAAAGGGAAGGCCGAAGUUUUAUUGUGUUCUUUUGGGUACGACCAGCUCACUCGUUUGCUGACUCAGUCGCAGGAGACAGGCAGAGGGAAGACGGGGUGAGAGUGAGGAAUAGCAACCGGGACUUUUGUCCCGUUCCCGAGUUACGAAAAUAUUGAGUAGAAUAAAAAUAAAUAGGUGCAGUAAUA